AUGGACAGGAGAAAUCUAUGGAAGGAGAUAUUACUCUUCGCAGCCAUGGUUAGUUUAGAGUGCUCCAGUGUGGGCUUAACUGUAAUCUACAAAGAAGCUACUUUGAAAGGAAUGAGCAGCUAUGUCUUCGUCACCUACUCUUUCGCUAUUGCCACACUCGUCCUCCUCCCUUUUGCCUUCUACUUUCGCAGUACUUCAACGGUGCUUCCAUCAGGCAGGUUCCCGUUCAUCUUUAGAAUCUGCUUGCUUGGUCUUACUGGGUACUUUUCUUUAAUCUUUUAUAGCAUGUCUUUGGCUAUGAUACUUGGCUUUAAGGGAAUAGCUUACAGCUCUCCUACGCUUGCUUCAGCCAUGAGCACCCUCACUCCUGCUUUUACCUUCACACUUGCAGUCAUUUCAAGGAUGGAAAAGCUAAUUUUAAGGAGUGCAAAAACUCAAGCAAAAAUCAUUGGCACAAUAGCAUCAAUAUCGGGGGCACUGGUGGUGGUUCUUUAUGAAGGCCCAACAGUCUUAUCUUCAUCUUCUACACAUCCAGCUUCACUUCAAUUUCUUCUCGGCUCCUCGCUAUCAAGCUGGGUCAUUGGUGGCCUUUUGCUUUCUGUUGAAUAUCUACUUUUUUCAUUCUGGUAUAUUAUCCAGGGAUUCACUGGAACAUCACUGACCACUGUGGUUCAUACUUGGGCCUUACACAUUAAGGGGCCAGUGUACGUUACAUGUUUCAAGCCUUUGUCAAUUGCCAUUGCAGUUGUUCUGUGCUUCAUUUUCCUUGGUGAUGCUCUCUAUCUUGGCAGAGUUAUUGGAGCAGUAAUAAUAAGUAUGGGAUUUUAUGCUGUGAUAUGGGGAAAGGCCAAUGAAGAGAUAAACGAAGACGACUCUAGCUUUGAUGAUACUAACAGUAAGAGUAAGAGCCCUUUGUUGCAAAGCCUUAGAGACGUUGAAGAUACACAGAGCUCUACUGAAUCCUACACAAAUUAAAUUGAAUCCUUCUGUAAGGUUGCAUCAAAAUUGAUACUCAUACGU